AUGUCGCCCGAGGAGCUCAACGUGCUGCAGGUCCACUGCCACCCCAACGAGCCGCUGUCGGCCGACGACCUGCGGUUCUUCCUCGACAAGUACGAAUCGGAGGGCGGGCGUCUCACGCUGCGGGGCUUCCUGGCGCUGUACUACCGCGAGGCCUACCAGCACCCCAAGCACAGCUGGGACGAGCUCCAGCGGCUGGGCUACGACUCGGAGCUGGCCAUCACCGAGCAGACGGCCGGCCAGUGGUGCAAGGCCUCGCGAUGGACACGCGCCAUGGACGAGCAGCUCGUCGAGCUCGUCAACUACCUCUCCGAGAAGUCCGGCAAGAAGCCCCUCGACCUCCUCCCCGAGGACGUCGACAUCACCACCGACAUCGAGCGGCAGCAUUACGACAAGCUGCGCCAUGUGCCGUCGGUGGCGUUGAAGCUGCGGUUCCUGUGCGUCCAGCAGUUCAACGUGCUGGUGAGCAAGGCCCUCCCGUUCGUCGACCUCACGCAGCACGCGGUGGAGGGCAGCCUCGCCCGGAAGCUGAGCCUGCUGCGGCACCUGAUCUUCUACCUCACCAAGGUCGAAUUCCUCGACUCCAUCCUCGCCCGCACUGCUGCCACCCGCCCUCCUCCCUCCAUCUCCAUCUCGCGCCUCAAGACCCUGUCGAUGUCGGCCGACGCGGCGUCGCAGGAGAAGACGGUGUUCAUGCAGGUCUACAAGCAGCUGGGCCACCUCGACCCGGCGUGCCUCCGCCAGAACGAGCGCGCGUUCAAGGUCACCCUCCGCGGCGAACGCGUCGAAGGCGAAGUCGGUCCGUACCAGGAGACGAUCUCGCAGCUGUGUUCCGAGCUGCAGCCCGAAGAGGCCAUGGAGCCCGGCAGUGAGAGCACCUCGACGUCGACCUCCACGUCGACGUCCACCGGUGAGCAGCAGUCGGACCAGCAGCAGCAGCCGGAGGAGGUGCUGCCCCUGUUCGUGCCGUGCCCGAACCGCCAGCAGGCCAUGCAGACCAUCGGCGUGGGCGAGAACCGCGACAAGUUCAUCCUCAAGCCCUCGUCCAACUCGCCCGAGCACCUCCGCAUGUUCGAGUUCCUGGGCAAGCUCAUGGGCAUCGCAGCGCGCACGAAGAGCAUUCUGUCGCUCAACCUGCCGGCCCUGUUCUGGAAGCCGCUGGUGGGCGUGGAGCCGACGCUGCAGGACCUCAAGGCCAUCGACUACUCCACCAUGGAGUCCCUGCAGCGCAUGACCGAGAUGGACAAAGACCUCUUCCAGGCCUCCAUCCUCGAAAACUUCACCACCAGCCUCAGCGACAAGACCAUCGUUGAGCUGGUGCCGGGCGGCAAGGAGAGGCCGCUGACGUACGAGGACCGGAAGGAGUACGUGGCGCUGGCGCAGCAGACGCGACUGCACGAGAGCGACGCCCAGAUGAAGGCCCUCGUCAAGGGCGUCAGCACCCUGGUGCCCACGCCGCUCCUCAACCUCUUCACCUGGCAAGACCUCGAGAUGCGCAUCUGCGGCCGCACCGAAAUCAACCUCGACGUCCUUCGCAGGUACAGGGCGGGCGUGACGGAGCAGGACGCGCACAUCCGGCACUUCUGGAAGGUGCUGGAGGACUUUGGCCACCACGAGCGGAUGCUGUUCCUGCGGUUCGCCUGGGGUCGCCAGCGGCUGCCCUCCGAGGCCGAGCUCAAGAACGAGCCCAUGAAGAUCUUCCCCUUCCCGUGCGACAACGCCGACGUCCGCCUCCCGCACGCCGAGACCUGCUUCUUCAACAUCAAGCUCCCGGCCUACACGAGCGUGCAGGUGAUGCGCGAGCGCCUGCUCUACGCCAUCACCCACACCAAGACCAUCGACGCCGACCUCGACCAGGAGGACAACAUCCAGGACCUGCUCGCUCGCGGCGGACGCGGUCGGGGCCGAGGCGGCCGCUUCCUGGGCGGGCUAAGCGCCGCCAUGUUCGGCCGCAGCCCCUUCGGCGACAUCUCCUCCCCGCCCCUGUCCCGUUCCCGUGGCGGUGGCCGAGGUGGCCGCGGCGGCUUCAUCUAG